AGCUGUCGCCUUCGGUUGACAGCUGUCAGUGUCAGUUUACAUAAUUUAUAGAUUUCAGCGCAUAAAAAAGUCAUAAAAUUUACAAUGUUGCUUUCAACAAAAACACAUUCGGGCGAUUCUUCUGAUGCCUUAUUUUUAUGAGGCAAGACAUCAAUUUUCGCACAGCACAGUCUAGCCUGCCUACAACCAAUACACACACACACCAUCACAACUACGCCAGCCCGUUUAUAUUUCUCAAUUUUCCAUUCUUCGAGGCAGUAGGAAAAGAUUGUUUCUCCAGCGAUAAAUUCUUGCACUCAACAAAAUACAUAAACGAUUUAUAGUUGCAAAAAGCGGGCCAAACAAUAACUAACAAAGCGCAGCGACAGCAGCCACAAUGGAAGCGACGACCCAAAAGGAGCCAGGAGUGGAAAGGAAGAAAGGAUUUCGAUGGGACUCGGAUCCCUCAGCGCAGCAUAAAUCUUUAAUGGAAAACCUUUCGCACUUUUAGCUGCUAGAUGUGAUUAAAAUGCUAGAGUUCUUUUGUGGAGCAAUCGUAUAUCACAGUAUUUCUCACAGAACCUCUUUCAAGAUGCCAGAGGAAGUUGCCGAGAAGGAUAGGCCGGCGUAUUCGUUCUUCUUCGGAUCGAUGGGAGCGGCCUCUGCCAUUAUCUUUUCGGCCCUGGGUGCGGCCUAUGGAACGGCCAAGUCGGGAACUGGGAUCGCAGCCAUGGCCGUAAUGCGACCCGAACUGAUCAUGAAGUCGAUCAUUCCGGUGGUGAUGGCGGGAAUCAUCGCGAUCUACGGACUGGUUGUAUCGGUUCUGAUUGCCGGAUCGCUUUCGGAUACGUAUACCAUUCGCAAGGGAUAUAUCCACUUGGCAGCGGGACUAUCUGUUGGAUUCUCUGGCUUGGCAGCAGGAUUCGCCAUCGGAAUUGUUGGGGAUGCCGGGGUAAGGGGAACCGCUCAGCAGCCACGCCUCUUUGUGGGCAUGAUCCUGAUCCUGAUCUUCGCCGAGGUUUUGGGUCUCUACGGACUGAUCGUCGCUAUUUACUUGUACACCAAGUAAAUUCAUUUUUAUGCGCAACUUAAAAAGGUUUUAAUAUAAAAUAAAUUUAUAAAAAAUAUUA